UUCUCUCUGUGCGCCUGCGCGGACUCCACACACUGUGAUGAGUUAAUCAGAGGCAGCUGUGCGCGCGGCAGUGCGCGCUCCGGACCCGCUGGGACACAGGAUGAUGUGUGUGAAGAUGGAGAACUGUCUGACCCGUGGAGACUCGUCUGAUCUGGUUUCAGUUCUUCGCUCUGAAGGACUCUCCAGCAUCACACUCACCAGACUGGACCAGUUAGUCACCAAGGACUUGUGUGGAUUGGGUUUCAGCAGAGUUCUGGUCGUGUUGAAAUCUUUAGAGGUUCUGUCAGAGAACAGAGACGACCUGAAGAUGCUCGUCAACCACGGACUGGCCGUCAAAGUGUUAUUGUGGUUUGAAGCUGUCCAUGACCUGCUGAUCUCUGACCUCCAGAAGAACUCCGCCCCCUUGCUGAUCCUCACUGAGGAGUUCUAUGACUACCUCCUGCUGCUGGGCCAGUCUUCUUCUCUUCCAGUCAGUCAGCUGUCUGUGAUUCUUCUUCAGUUGGCCCGGUUCACAUUGGAACCUAAAAUUCACUUUCCACUAAGACUGGAGGCGAUCAGAACCUUCAACAGCAUCCUGGAGUCUCUGAGCCGAGAGCAGAGGAGACUGAUCCAGAACGACCAAAACCAGUUCCAAAUACUAUCCCGGAUGGCAGCAGCAGUCCUGACAGUUGGAGACUAUGAACUGCAGGUCAGCCUAUCAGAGGCUCUGUGUCGUCUGACACCCAGGAAGGACAGAGAGCAGAGAGCCAAUCAGUGGUUCUCCAGCCAUGACAUCAGCAGCGCCUUCUGUGACAUCAGAGACAAAGACUUUGAGGUGGACUGUCGUCGUUUCCUGAACUUCGUUAAUGGUUACCAUGGAGACCAGAGGAGGGUCUACACCUUUCCCUGCCGCAGAGCGUUUCUCGACUCCAUGGAGUUGUUUCCUCCAAAAGACGACAAACUGGAUCAAUUCUGGAUCGAUUUCAACCUGAACUCAGGAUGUGUGAGCUUCUUCAUCGACGAGCCUCAGGGCUUCCUGUGGGGGUCCGUCCACCUGCUCAAACAGGAAGUGGAUCAUUACAGUGUGGAACUGAAAGCUGACGGAUGCACAGGGGCACAGACAGUCCUCUGUGUCAGGCUCAACAAUCCCAUCAUGCACCACAACAGCAGAGGUCAGACAGUGGAGCUGAACUUUGACUGUGAACACCACCGAGAGCUGGAGGAGGCUGCUGGGAGGGUCUUCAAGAGGACCUCCCCUCCUCUUAAACAUUUAGGUGGUUCAGUCCAGGUGUCUCCCUCUGCUGCCAAUCACAGCACUCGGUCCUACAGCAGGAAGAAACCACAGAGCAAGAGUCACCUGAAGAUUCUGCCUCUGUCGUCUCCGAGCAGUGAGGAAGACUCGUGUGUGAUGAAGACUUCAGAGAGGAAGUCAGAGUCAGCAGAGAGUUUGUUCGAUCACAUCCGACACUCGACACCUUCGUACAACUCAGUCUGUCUGUCAGGUGUUCCUGAGGGGGCAGAGCUACAGAUUUCACAGGGAGAGAUGGGGGAGUCAGGAGGAAGCAGCUCUCCUUUAACGAAGGAAGUCUUCGGUCCUGACAGGAAGAGAGACUCAGGCUACCUGUCAGACCAAACUGAGGGUCAUCCGGCCCACAAGAGGAGGGCGGGGCCUCAGCCAGAGGGGGAGGAGCCUGACUCACCCCUGACAGAGGGGUCACCUGAGGAGGUGGAGCCACCAGAGGAGGAGGAGGCUGGGCUUUGUGAUGAACCAGUGAUGGAGCCAAAGUCAGACCUGACAUGUGGAAUAACAGCUGCCUUCAACACUUUUAAGACAGAGCUGGAACAACACUUCACCAGCUGCUGGCAGAACGCUGAAGCUGAAGUUCUUCAGUCUUUAAAAGAGUGUCAACAACACGUCACCUCGCUGCUGACAGCUGUCCAUCAACACCGGUUGGCGUUGCUGCACACGUUUCAGAUCAGCGUCUCUCAUCAGUUGAAUCGACUUGAAGAAAACUCGACGAGCCUGAACUCCAUGAACUCUCAGAUCCUGGGUUUCUUCCAGGCUGAGAUGACACGUCUGGGCUUGUUCUGUGAGGAACACCUGCAGAGGUUAAAAUCUUUGGAAAGCGAAGCGUCGGGGACAGAGCAUCUCUCUGGCCAAUGAAAGAAAAUAAGAGAUUCUUUCAAAUCAUCAAACUUUAUUCGUGUUUCUGAGUUUUGUUUCCACUUGAGGGUCCAUCUGUUACAAAUAAAAACAGCAUGAAUGAA